AUGAAAGAAAAAUAUCAAGAAGAAAGUGGAGCACAGGAUUGCUCGAAGGGCAUUUACGCACUCACUGCUAGUGAUGUUUUCAAAUUGCUGCACAAAGAAUACAAACGGCAAAAUCUUCAAGUGUUCGAUUUGCUUGGCAAUAAAGCGAUGUUACGGGUACUGGAAGACGGCAAAAAGGAGGUACAAGUGGUUGGACUGCAAGAGGUGGCUGUGCACGACGAGGACGAAGUGCUGGAAAUUAUAAAAAAAGGAACAGUGGUUCGAACAGCGGGUACAACUUCAGCGAACGCGAACUCCUCCAGAUCGCAUGCCGUAUUCCAGAUCAUACUUCGCAAAAAGACGGAAAAGGGAUUGGGACGUAUAUGGGGCAAAUUUUCUCUGAUUGACUUGGCAGGCAAUGAAAGGGGCGUUGAUACGAUUAACACGGAUAGGCAGACGCGCAUGGAAGGCUCGGAGAUCAACAAGUCUCUUCUGGCACUGAAAGAAUGCAUCAGGGCGAUGGGUCGUAAUUCGGCACAUGUUCCGUUCCGAGGCUCGAAACUGACAUUGGUGCUCCGUGACAGCUUCAUCGGCUCGAACGCGAGGACUUGUAUGAUAGCAAUGAUAAGUCCGGGCAUGUCGUGCUGUGAACACACCCUCAAUACACUGCGUUACGCCGAUCGGUAUGUUGUAGCUUCGUUUGCAUGCAUUUUUAUUGGCCCUCGAAAUGUUGGUUUUUUUGCACAUUUUCAUCCAUCUCCACCAUGGACGAUUACUUUACACCGAACACAUUUCUAG